GGUUCUACAACACCAUAUAUACGUAAUGUGCCCUGUUUCGCUCUGACCUAUUCUCCUCCACCACCUCUGUUCCAUUCCUUCUCUCUCUUCCUUUCUCUCUCUAAACACAAACUUACAUUUACCUCCAUACACACGCACACCUAUUCUUCCAGGGUUUCCAGUUUUUAUAGUAAAAUUUCUUAAACUGACAAAGACAGCUGAAGGUGUUCAUGUGGUGGUGCUUCUGAUGGAGACGGCGCCCAUAAAAUCACAGCCAUUGCACAACUUCUCUUUGCCCCAACUCAAAUGGGCUCACAAGAGCUCCAACUCGCAACACCAUCGCUUCCGCCGCCGCGAUUUCCCCGACAACCGCUACCCUGAUCCUGAUUCCUGCUCCGAGAGCCGAGCCGUUAAGACUAGAGCAGAACAGCUUUCCACUAUUCCGAAAAGUCCACCACAAAGUGGUGUCGUUUGUGCCGAUGAGGAGGAGAAUUGGGGGGGCAAGCCGUGGUAUUUGCGGCCGAGGAAGGAGGUCAAGGCGGCGGUCAAGAAAGAAACAACAGUUGAAAAUAGCAGAAUCAAUAGCACUGCUAGUGCUGUAAGGUCAAACAGGCUGAGGGGAUGGGCGGAAGGAGGGCAGCAGAAUGAAGGCGUGGGUAUUGGCUUUGGUGUGGAAAGGAAGGAGAAGAUGAGGAUUUGGGUUUCGUUGUCAAGGGAGGAGAUCGAAGAGGAUGUUUACGCCUUAACUGGGUCGAAACCUGCUCGCAGACCCAAGAAGAGAUCCAAAAACAUUCAGAAACAACUCGAUGGUGUAUUUCCUGGAUUAUAUUUGGUGGGGCUUACAACUGAUUCAUACAGGGUUCAUGAUGCUUUUAAGUAGAUUGAAGAAGGUUGAUGAAACCAGAUUCUUGAUCCUAAGAGGUGGUUUUAAUUCUGGGAUGGAGGCUGGAAGAAUCAGAUGCUGUGCUCCAACACCUUGGUUGAGGUAUAUACUGAAUUAUGUAAACGAUGGUUUGGGUAUUUUUGCAAUAGCUAGAUAGCCGCUAGAAUAUUACUUUUUGUUUGCAGCUCAUUUCAGGGAAUCAAAUAGAAUUUUGGGUUUUAACAUGUUAUUAUCUCUUACUGGUCGUGUUUAAGAUGUAAACAAUGAAAGUUAGCACAAAUGAAUAGAAUUGGAUGAUGCAAUUUCCUAGUUUUUACAUUUCAGGGAUUGAAUUAUCU